AUGCUGGAGAAGGCCGACCUGACGGGGACAGGAUGUGACGGGAUGGCCUUCUUCGUUGCGCAUUUCCCUUCAGAGAUCUCGCCCAGCAGCAAAGGCGGCGGCCUCGGCCUCCUCCCGGCCUUCACCAACAGGACGGGUCGCACCCGCGUCGUGGCCGUGGAGUUUGACACUCUCCGCAACUCGCACUAUGCCGACAUCAACGGCAACCAUAUCGGCAGCAACAUCAGCUCCAUCAACUUCGUGGCGUCCACGGACACGAGGACGAGGCCGGGCAGGAACCUCACGUCAUCCUAUGUUAUGGAGGCCACUGUGAGGUACCAUAACGAGUCCCGGAUGCUGGCCGUUGAUCUCCUCAUCGACGAUGCCUUGUACCAGGCCAAUGCAACCGUCGAUCUCAGCAGAUGCUUACCGGAGGAGGUCGCUGCCGGCUUCUCCACCACGACCGGCGACGCCUCCGAGCUGCACCAGAUACUGUCAUGGUCAUUUAGCUCCACUCUACCUCCUCUUCCGACUAGGAACAACCACAAAAAGCUAGUAAUGAUCCUACUAUCCGUGCUAGUCCCAUUUCUCCUUUUAUUAGUGCGUGCGGCCGUGGUGCUAUGGCGGCGCCGCAAGAAAAUGAGAGCAAAUAAGAACAGCCAAGAACGGUGUGUCAACAGAGCUGAUCUUGAGAGAGGUGUGGCUGCCGGCGGUCCCAGACGGUACACCUACCUCGAGCUGGUUGCGGCAACAAAACACUUCGCGGAGGAGGAGAAGCUCGGGCGAGGCGGCUUCGGUAGCGUUUACCGGGGUCAUCUCACGCUCACACCCGCAACCACCGACCAUCGUGUGGUGGCGGUCAAGAUGUUGUUGGCGGAGUCAUCGGCGCAUGGGAGGAAGGAGUUCGAGGCCGAGGAGAGGAUCAUCAGCAGAUUGAAGCAUCGAAACCUUGUGCAACUGUUGGGUUGGUGCGACAGCCACAAGGGUCUUCUGCUUGUCUACGAGCUCGUCACAGAGGGCAGCAUAGACAGGCACCUCUACAGCAAGGACGGCAAGUAUCUGACAUGGCCACAGAGGUACAAGAUAAUCCUUGGCUUGGGAUCUGCGCUACACUACCUCCAUGGAGAGUGGGAGCAGUGCAUCGUGCACACCGACAUUAAGCCCGGCAACAUCAUGCUUGACUCGUCCAUGAGCACCAAGCUCGGGGACUUCGGUUUAGCCCGGCUCAUGGACCACGACACGGGGUUGCUGCAGACCACCAAGGCCGUGCUCGGCACCGUAGUCUACAUCGACCCGGAGUUCGUCAACACGCGUCGACCGUGCACCGAGUCGGGCGUUUACAGCUUCAGUGUCGUCCUCUUGGAGAUCGUAUCUGGCCGGCGGCCGGUGAUGGAGACCGCGGGGAAAUCCUUCACACUGGUCAGGUGGGUGUGGGGACUAUACGGCAGGAACAUGAUCCUCGGCGCGGUGGAUGAGCGCCUGAGGGGUGACGAGGCCAAUGACCGGUGGAUGGUGAGGGUGCUCGUCGUUGGGCUCUGGUGCGCGCACCCAGACCGGAGCAAGCGGCCGUCCGUUGCCCAGGCCAUGCACGUCCUGCAGUCCGACGAGGUGAGGCUACCAGCGCUCGCGCUGCACAUGUGGACUGUGCCGGACCCCACAUCAUCCUCUGGCCCAUAUGAGGCCUUCUCCAUUGAUAGCUCCACGUGCAGCUCCAGUUGUGCUCGCUCUUCAUUGGUCAACACCGACGCCGCUAGCCUUUCUUCAGGGUCGUCCUCAACUGCGUUGCUACGACAUUCUAAGGGUCUAGCUAACUGA